UCUCUCUCUCUCUCUCAAACAUCAAAGAUUCAUUUUUUUGUUACGCGACGCCCCGACUUUGUUGUUUUUAUUUCUUUUGUCUUCAAUUUUCUCUCUUAAUUUCCUUUUGAGUCCCUUCCUCUUCCUCAGCCAUAAAUAUAAACUCUCAUCCUUUUUCAUCCUUUGAUUUGUUUUUUGUUGGUACCCAAGUUUAUUCUCUUGAUUCUGUUUAGAUCCUUUUUAUUUAUUUAUUUCAUCAUAACUGCUCUCUUUUGCCUCCCUCACCUUCUUCGGAUCUAUCUAUGCUAUUUGGUCUGAAAACCAACCCUUCUCCCCAUAAAUUCAUCCUCCACUGUUUCUGUAAUCUGGGUGUGGAGAAACGAGGAAGAAGAAAAAAGUUUUAAGUAAAAAAAAGGAUUUUUUUAUAGAAAAAAGGGUAAUGAUAGAGAUGGAUUACGCUCUGAAAAAGCGCAGAUGUCACGAAUAUGUAGAAGCUUUAGAGGAAGAACGACGUAAAAUUCAAGUCUUUCAACGCGAGCUUCCUUUGUGUUUGGAGCUUGUUAACCAAGCGAUUGAAGCACACAAGAAAGAGAUGUCGGGAGGUUCAACCACGACGGAUUACAUGCAAGGACAAUCGGAUUGUUCGGAGCAGACAACUAGUGAUGUUCCUGUUUUGGAAGAAUUUAUUCCGAUCAAAAGAAGCUCUAAUUGCUCUGAGGAAGACGAUGAACAAGAAUCGCAUAAAUCCAAAGAAACCAAUGUUCCUGCUGCUGUUGAUAAAAGGAAAUCUGAUUGGCUUAGAUCCGUGCAGUUGUGGAACAACAAUCAAUCCCCAGAUCUACCCUUGAAUGAGGAUGAUGGUAAAAUUGGAAGUGCGAUCGAAGUGAAGAAAAACGGGGGAGCAUUUCAACCAUUCCAGAAAGAAAAAACUGUAGAGAUGAGUGGUCAAUCUGCAGUAGGAAAAACCAAUGGCUCAGCUACAAGUACUUGUACAACAGAAAGUGGGAGUAGAGGAGGAGAAGCCAAUAAUGCAAAUAAAAGUAAAACAGAAGAAAAAGAAGGUCAGGCUUCGAGAAAGCAAAGGCGGUGUUGGUCACCGGAGUUGCAUAGGCGCUUCUUGCAUGCUCUCCAGCAACUCGGCGGUUCACACGUCGCAACACCAAAGCAAAUUAGGGAGCUGAUGAAGGUCGAUGGACUUACGAAUGAUGAAGUCAAGAGUCAUUUACAGAAAUAUAGAUUGCACACAAGGAGACCAAGCCCAACCGUCCACAACAAUGCCAAUCCACAGGCACCUCAAUUUGUGGUGGUUGGAGGCAUAUGGGUACCUCCACCAGAUUAUUCCACAAUGACCACGACCACGACUUCAACUAAAACAGCCACCGUGACACCAACUAGUGGAAUCUACACCCCCGUAGCCGCUCCAUUGCCUGCACUUCCUCAACCAUCAGGAACAAUGGCGCAAAGACCGCAACAAUCACAUUCCGAAGAAAGGGGGAGCCAUAGUGAAGGGAGAGUUCAAUCAAAUUCACCAUCAAUAUCUUCCUCUACACACACCACCACGGAUUCUCCUGCGUUUUAGUUCUCGUUACACGAGAAUAGGGUGUACAAUUUUUGUAAGAAAAUCUCGGUAGAAAGUUCUAUAUGAUAUAGAAACAGCAAUCGUGAGGUUUUUUUUUUUUUGAUUUUUUUGUCCCCUUAAUCUACUGUUGUUAAGUUGUUUUUGGAGUGUAAACAUGGAUAGUGACAGACAGACUCAGCCUUUGAAUAAAACCAUCCAUCUUGUUAAACGAAUAAAUUUGGAAUCUUCAGCUAA